AGCAUGCGCAACAGUUUUGGAUUGUCUCUUAUCGUGUUUUCCGAGCUCAGCCGAAUCGAAUUAUUUUUGUGUGUAGAGCGCGGAUCGUUUAACGACCAAUCAGAGGAGAACACGUCGCUUUUCAAAUCCCCUCUGUCAGCUCGUGGCUUGAGUUGCUUGUGCGAACAUUCAGUGCGUAGUCAGAGGUAAAUAAGUGAACAAGUAAAUCCAAUCCACCCCGUGUCGCAGUAGAACACCGUGUGUAUGCUUUGGAGAUUGAAGAAUUCUUCAUCAACUGUGGGAUGUGAUGAAACUCUCAACAUCUGGUAAUGUUGCGUAAGUGAGGCCUAUUUUGGUGUGAGUCAGCGACGAAAAGAGUGUAAUUGAAGAAAAUCAUACGCGUCACAUAAAUCGUUAGAAAAUGAAUCCACCGAAAAGUGCUAGGCUUCGCUUGCAGAAUCUUCACGUCGACUACGGAUAACGCGUUCCCUUGGCAUUAGAUGUCGCAACAUCUGGCAAUCAUCGGAGACAGCUGAUUUGGUGACACCACGCGCAGGCCACAUCAUCAAAAAGAAAAGAACAUGGAAGCUGUAACUCCAGAAGGAAACGCUCAACGGAAGACAGUGCAAGUAUUGGUUUCUCGCUAGGGGAAAGACAGAUAUAGCAAGAGUUAUUCUGUUUCCAGAGUGUUGCUCAGAAUUUCUCUGGAUCGCACAGCUUUUCUCGAAGUGUUGUCUGAUGCCAUGGAAAAAAUGAGCAGUGUUGCCCGAUUUCUCGCUAAUAGAGACGUUUCUGAAGGGAACCUCACACCAGUGUCUUGCCCCUAGGUUCGUCGCAGAAAGAUCGAGCCGUUACGCUAGGCCUGUAGUUUUUGAUCGUUAAUUACCGAUCCUCGGAUUGCGUAGAAUAAGGUUUUUGAGGCAUAGUGUAGUUUCAGUGUAGUUCUUAAUUGGAGCGCCUUACAUCAGCUAAAACGUCCACAGGGUGAUUCAACAUAUUUGCAGUUUUUGAAAGGGUCCUGAUUCACUAAACGAAGAAAUUGUAAACGCUACGCUGGGGAAAAAGUUCGAAACAACUACGAUUUGAUAAGUUUACCGCCGUCGUGUUCGCACUGUAACGUGUAAAGCGUGAUAAGAAUUCUGCAAGAGAUUGCUCUCCAAUACACAUCAGAAACGUUUUAAUUGGCCGUAAGCUAGCAUCGAACAAUGGAAUACCACAAGCAACAGUGCUAGGCUAGUAUGUAUUGGACAAUCCUAACGCACAUCAGGAAGGCAACCAACUGUGACGUGCCACUUCAGUUUUAGUACAUACAAACAGACGUAACUCUUAGAGGAAAUUCAUCAAAAACAUUUUGCCGGUGCCUUUUUCAAGAGCACACUGCCACCUGUUGGUAGAUCCGCGCGAGACACUGACGGCCAUGAUGGAUUUCGAUUUGACGGUUGUCUAACACGCAUGUUAGCAUCAUUAAGCAACGUGUACACUGGCAAACGUCAAAGCGAUCGAACGCUAGCGCCUCUGGUGGGAGGAUCGCGGAAAUCAAAUGAAAUUCGAAUUGAUCGUUAAAUGCAUGUGUCGAGCCAUUGCGAAGAGUGUUACGUCUGUUUGUCUGAGGAUUUAGUCUUGAUUCUUAGUACUUAGUUCUUAGAAUAAGCUUUGACGGUGGUGGUCAUAGGUAUUAUUUAUCGGCAGCUCUUCAAUUCAGCCUAGUGGUUACGCAUUGGAUCGCCAACUCGGAGACGUCGGUUUGAAAUUUUGAGCUAGUCGGGAAUCGUUUCCGGCACAUAAGCACAGAGACUUAAGGCUGGACCACAAUAGCGCGCCGAGGAGCGUCGCGUCACGUCGCGUUUAGCGCUUCAAUGUACUAAAAUGCCCAAAACUGUUCUAAAUCGACCGCGUCUAGUGCUUCGGAUGAGUUGUUUUUGUAAAUAUUUCAAAUCUACACGUCGGAUUGAUUAGUCGUCAAUUCUACCUUUUUUUUUUAUCUGUAUUACCGAGAUUUUUAACCCUAGGUUAGUUCAUCUCAGGACCCACGCUUUACUUCCCUUCCGAAGGAAGAACUCACAUUUUGCGAGUUGGUCGGGAGUGGGAUUCGAUCCCAGGUCCUCGGCGUGAUAGUCAAGUGUUCUAACCAUCACACCAGGUCCGCUCCACAUCGAUUCUACCGUCGGAGAUUAUUUCGAAGUAGAAAAUGAUGGAGUUUAAAAUAGAAUUUGAUGGGUUUUAGAGGAAACGAUGCACGAGACAUGUGAAGACAUUUUGACUACCGUUGGCAUGGGUUCCGAGAGAAAAAAAACGACGACUGGUUUACGUAUGUGAGGCAGGCCUUGGGGGCACAACUUCUCGAAAUUGUGCUUGAGAAUAUUUGUAGAUUUCUUGGACACAUUGACGUCACAGUAGGUUUUUCCAUAAUUUUGACCAUUUCCAAUGGAUUACUGAAAACUGCCAGAGAAGUGGAAAGCUCUUUCUGAUAAAUAGUUUAGCUGGAAAACAUUCAUCGAUUUGUAUUAAUCCAAAGCAUCAAAAACAACUAUACAGUAAAUAGGCAUUUCCAAGCUUUUUGUAUCUUAUUACCAUUUUGAUAGGCGAGGCCUUAUUGUUUGAAAGGUUCUUCCGGGAUUUCACUCAGCAAAUCUUCCAUGGAUUUUUCUAAAAAUUCUUUCAAUGAUAUAUGCAGAAAUGCUUUCAAGAAUUUGUCCGUAGUUUCUUCCGAGGAUUUCUGCAGAGGUCCUUUUAAUGAUUUAUCGUGAUUUUAGUUUCAACGAGUUCUUUUGAAAUUUAUGAUAAAUUCAGAACACUUCCCAUGUAGCAUUUUAUAGUCAAAUAGACUAGAAGAGGUUCUUAAAACCAUCAUUAAACCAAAAUAAAAGGUUCAAGGUUCUAUGACGGUUCUGAAAACCUCUACAAGGCUUAUUAGCAAUCAAUAUGUUAUUAGGCUUCUUAUGAGGAUUUGUUCGGCAAUUCUUUCAAAAAACACUUUAAGAUUGCCUUCGAAGGUAUUUUGAAGAAAUUCUUUUCUCCAAGAUAUUUUUUCAAGGACUCCACAGGCAAUUCAUGAAGGAUUUUUGGAAGUUCCCCUUGAGAGAUUUCAAUAUUUUCCGGAUUUUUUUGAACUAAUUCCUAUGGGAUUUUUGGUAUGUGUUUCCGUAGACGAAGGAUGACUCAAAAUAAUUUUAACAAGGUUUCCAAGCAUUCCUCCAAGAAUUUCUUCAAUUAUUCCUCCAAGCAUUCCUCCAGAAAUUCCUCCACAGAUUUCUCCAGGAAUUCUUCCCAGGAUUCCUCCGCAAAUUCUUCCAAAGAUUCCUUCUUGAAUUCCUCCAAGGAUUCAUUCAAGAAUCAGUACAAGGACUCCUGCAAGAGUUCUUCCCACGAUUCCUCCAGGAGUUCUUCCCACACGAUUCCUCCAGGAAUUCUUCCACGAAUUCCUCCGGAAAUUCCAUGACGGAUUCCUCAAGGAAUUUAUCCAAGGGUUUCUUCAGGACUUUCUCAAUGUAUUACUCAAGGCAUUCCUCAAAGGAUUCCUCCAGGAGUUUUUUCAAGGAUCCCUCCUGGAAUUUCUCCAGGAAUUCUUCCAGGAAUCUCUGAAAGGAUUCCUCCAGGAAUUCUUCCAUAGAUUUCUCUAGGAAUUCUUGAAAGGACUUUGUCAAGGUAUUCCUCCAGGAAUCCCCCUAAUCAUUCCUUCAGAACUUCCAUAGAAUCUUCUAGGAAUUCUUGCAAGGGUUGCUUCAAAAAUAGUUCCAUGAUUUCAGAAUUGAUUUCAAAGAUUCCUCCGGGAAUUCUUCCCAGGAUUCCUCCAGGAAUUCAUCCAAGCAUUUCUCCAAGACUUUUUAAAGGUAUUCCUCCGGGAAUUCUUCCCAUGAUUCCUCCGCAAAUUCUUCCAAAGAUUGUUCUGGAAUUCCUGCAAGGAUCCAUCCAAGAAUUAGUGCAAGGACUCCUCAAUGGAUUCUUCCCAGGAUUCCUCAUGAAAUGUAUGCAUGGAUCCUUCCAGGAAUUUCUCUAGAUAUUCCUCCAGGAAUCUCUCCAAGGAUUCCUCCAGGAAUCUCUCCAAGGAUUCCUCCAGGAUUUUUUCCAAGGAUUCCUCGAGGAAGUCCACCAAGGAUUCAUCCAGGAGUUUCUCCAGGAUUGCAUCCAGGAAUACCUCCAUGGAUUAUUCCAGGAGUUUUUCCAAAGCACUCCUCCAGGAAUUCUUCCAAGGAUUCUUCUUGGCAUUGCUCCUGGAAUCUCUCAAGCCAUUCUUUCGGGGAUACCUCCAGGAAUUUCUCCAUAAAUUCAUCUUAGAACUCCUGCAUGGAUUCCUUCUGGAAUUCCUCCAAUAGUCCCUUCAGGAAUUCCUCCAUGGAUUCUUCCAGAAAUUCUUCCAAAGAUUUCUCCAGAAAUUCUUCCAAAGGUUUCUUCAGAAUUUCCUUCAAAGAUUCCUCCAAGAAUUCCUCCAGGAAUUCCUCCACGGAUUUCUCCAGGAAUUCUUCCAAGAAUGCAUUCUGAUAUUUCUUCUCAGGAUUCCUCCAGGAAUUCUUCCCAGAAAUCCUACAGGAAUUCUUACCAAGACUCCUUCAGGACUUUCUUAAAGUAUUUCACCAGGAAUAUCUCAGAUUCCUUCAGGAGUUUUUCCAAGGAUCCCUCCAGGAAUUUCUCCAGGUGUUCCUCGAGAAAUCCCUCCUGAAAUUCUUCCAUUCAUUUCUUCAGAAAUCCCUCCAAGGAUUGCUCCAGGAAUUUUCCCAUGGAUUCCUCUAGGAAUUCUUGCAAGGAUUCCUCCAGGAUUUUUUUCAAGGAUUCCUCCAGGACUUUCUCAAGGUAUUUCUCCAGGAGUCCCCCCAAGGAUUCCUUCAGAUCUUCCUUAGAAUCUUCUAAAUAUUCUUGCAACGAUUACUAAAAAACUAGUUCCAAGAAUCCAGUGCUGAUUCCUAGGGUUUCUCUUGGAAUCCUUCUCAGGAUUCCUAAAGAAAAUCUUACCAGGAUUCCUCCAGGAGUUCAUGCAAGGAUUCCUCCAGGAAAUUUUUCAGGUAUUUGUCCAGGAUCCCUUCUGGAAUUCCUCCAAGGAUUUCUUUUUAUACUCCUCCAGGAAUUUCUCCAAGGAUUUCUUCAUAUACAAUUUCUGGGACUUAUCCAGGAAUUCCUCCAAAGAUUCUACCAUGACUUCUUAAAAAAAAAUCCUUCUGGAAUUCCUCCAAGGAAUCUUCCAGGUAUUCCUCCAAGGAUUCCUCCUGGUAUUCCUCCAAGGAUUUCUCCAGCAAUGCCUCGAAGAAUUUCUUCAAGGAUUCAUCCAAGAAUUCAUGCAAGGACUCCUCCUGGAUUUCUUCCCAGUUUUCUACGAAGAAUUGUACCAAGAAUUCAUCCAGGAAUUUUUCUCAAAGAAUUCCUCUAGGAAUCCCUUCAAGUAUUCUUCCAGGAAUUCGUCCAAGAAUUCUUCCUGGCAUUUCUCCAAGGAUUUUUCUUUGCCCUUCUCCAGGAACUUCUCCAAGGAUUCCUCCAAGAAUUCGCCCCAGGAUUCACCCAGGAAUUCUUUCCAGGAUUUCUCAAGGAUUUUUUUUCAGGAUUCCUCCAGGAAUUUCUCCAGGUAUACCUCUAAGAAGUUCACUAGAUAUUCUUCCAGGAAUCUCUCCAUGGAUCCCUCCAGGAGUUUUUCCAAAGAGUUCCUCCAGGCAUUUUUCUUGUGACUCAUCCAGGAUAUUUUCUAGCUAUUCUUCCAGGAAUGCCUUCAAGAAAUCCUCCAGAAAUUCUUCCAAGGAUGCUUCCUGGCAUUACUCCUACAAUUUCUUCUGGCAUUCCUCCAAAGAUUCCUCUAAGAACUCUUGGAUGGAUUUCUUCAGGAAUUCUUCCAAAUAUUCCUCCAGAAAGUUCUCCAGGUAUUCCCCCGGGAAUUCCUCCAAGGAUUCCUUCUGAAAUUUUUCCAAGGAUGCCUCCCGGAAUUCUUUCGAAAAUUCUUCCAAAUAUUCUUACAAGGAUACUUCCUGGAAUUCCUCCAAAGAUUCUUCCAGGUAUUCCUCCAAGACAGGCCCGUGCACAGAAGUGGCGCCAAGGGAGGGGUUUUCCCCAAUUUUGGCAAAAGGCGGUGGAGCGCCUAGUGUAUGGAGCGUCGGUAAUGGGGGGGGGGGUAACAACCAGCCCCCCCUCCCCCUUGUGCACGGGACAUGCUCCAAAGAUUCCUCCAGGAAUACCUCGAAGAAUUCCUUCAAGGAUUCAUCCAAGAAUUCAUGCAAGGAUUUCCUCCCAGUUUUUCUUCGAGGAAUUUUUCCAGGAAUUUUUCCAGGUAUUCUUUCAGAAAUUUCUCCAGGAAUUCUUCCAGGAAUCCCUUCAAGGAUUCUUCCACGAGUUCGUCCAGAAUUAUUCCUGGCAUUUCUCCAAGAAUUUUUCUAUGCACUGCUCCAGGAACUUCUCCAAGGAUUCCUCCAAGAAUUCGUCCCAGGAUUCAUCCAGGAACUUCUCCAAGGAUUUCUCCAGGAAUUUUUCCCAGGAUUCCUUCGGGAGUUUCCCCAGGUAUUCCUUUAAGAAUUUCACCAGAUAUUCCUCCAGGAAUCCCUCCAUGGAUUCCUUCAGGAGUUUUUCCAAAGAAUUUCUUCAGGCAUUUUUCCAAGGACUCAUCCAGUAUUUUUUCUAGCUCUUCUUCCUGGAAUGCCUUCAAGAAAUCCUAGAGGAAUUCUUCCAGGCAUUACUCCAACGAUUUCUUCAGGAAUUCCUCCAAAUAUUCCUCCAGGAAUUUCUCCAGGUAUUCCCUUGGGAAUUCCUCCAAGGAUUCCUUCAGGAAUUUUUCCAAGGAUUCCUCCAGGAAUUCUUCCGAAAAUUCUUCCAAAAAUUCUUACAAGGAUACUUCCUGGAAUUCCUCCAAAGAUUCUUCCAGGCAUUUUUUCAUGAAUUCCAUCAGGAAUUCUUCCAAGAAUUCCUCCAAGGAAGCUAUGAAAAAAUGACUGUCUACAGGGACAUCACCAGAAAUUCCCUUGAGAUUCUUCCAGGAUUUACCAUUUUUUUCGGAAUUUUUAUAGAAAAAAGGGUUUUCUAGAAUGAUUUCAGUGGAAUUCCUUCGAAGAUUCCUCCAAGUGUCGCUUUAGAAUCCAUUCUUGUCCAAUGACCAUGUAUGUCUUUACGCUUUCUCCAAAGAUUUCUUCAGGAAUUCCUCAUUUCAUUCCUUGAAACUAGUCCACGGGUUUGGGGGCCUCUAUUGCCAUGACCCCGGUCGGUCCAGUAACUUUUCCUAAUCGGUAUUUUCGUAUCUCUCACACGAUAUAGCUGAGAAAUAGGCUAUAUCUAAGUGGGGGCGUUACAUCAAGAUGAAGUAGUCCACAGCUUUCUUCAGAAAUUCAGGGAUUCAUUAGGAAAUGUCUUCAAGGUUACUAUAGAAGUUUGUGCAUGUAUUCCUUCAUGUUUUUUUUUCUUCAAACAUUUGUGAAAGAAUUCCUCCAGAAAUACUCCAAAUGUGUCUUUAAAAGAUGCAAUUCAAAGAGAUUUUUUUACGGUGAUUCGGACAUUCUUUCACAAAUUCUUUCAGAUGUUCUUAAGAAAUUCUGAAAUCAUUUCACUAUCUCUUUUAGAAAUUAUUGUUGGAAUUUCUCCAGAGGUUCCUUCAUACAUUCAGGGAUGCUCCCAGCCAUUAAUUUAGAAAUUCCUCAGAAAAAAAUCUCAAGAAAUUCUCCUGGAAGUUCCUCCAAAGAUUGCUUAGAAUACAUUCGAAUACAUUCGGGCCUUUCUUCAGGGAUUCUUUCAGAUUUUUUUCAGUAGGAGAUUCUUUAAAUAUAAUCGCGGCAUUUCUUCCGAAACAAUUCUAAAAUUAAUUUAUUGACAUUUAACAAGCAUGCAGAGAGUUCUCCAUAGAUGGAACUCAGGUAUUACUUCAAAGAUUCCAUCAAAAAUACAUUUUUUCCGAAAUUUGUUCUGUUAUUUUCUAAAGGAUUCUUCCAUGUUUUUUUGCAAGAAUUCCCUUUCAAAUUGCUUCAGUUCUUUAGUGAUUAUUGUGUACUAAUGCCUUCAGAAGUUGCAUAAGAAAUUCUUCUGAGAAUUUCUCCAGAGGUAUAUCUAAAGGUCUUCCGAGACUUCCAUAAAAAAAAGAAAAAAGAGUUCCACUAUUACUUAGACAAGUUAAUUUGUCUAUAAAUUCAGCAGGCACUUCUGUAGAUAUUUUUCAAUAGAUUCAUUCAGAAAUUCCUCUACGGAUUUCCAUCGCAACUCCUCCAAAAAUUUUCGAGCAAAUAUUCCAUGGAAUUACUUCUAGAGUUCCUCCAGAAACUUCGCAUGAUUUCUUUAAAUAAAAAAGUGAGGAAGUAGCUUAACGAUUUUCUUUAGGUCCAGGAAUUCCUCCAAAGAUAACCUUAUAAAUUGCCUUAUUUUCAAUAAUUUCUUCUAGGAAUCUCCGAAGGUAACACCAAAAGAUAUUCCUUCAGACAAUCCUCCAGAGAUUUCGUUGAAAUUUUUAUAAGGAAUUCUUUAAAGAAUUCUUCCAGUUUUUUUCUUUAAUUUCCAGGAAAACUUUUGAAAAAAUCUCUGGAGGAUUAUUUGAAACAAUUCCUAUAGAAAUCUAUGAAAGAAUAUUCCUAAAAGAUUUGCAUAAGAUAUUUCUAAAAAGGAUUCUUGUAGAAUUCCUAAAAAAGAAUUCUUGCAGGAAUUCCUAAGGGAAUUUCUAAAGGAAUUAUAAGAAAAGCUCUUGGAAGAAUUGGAUUGGAUUUUUAAAGAAAACUUUAAGAGAAAUUUCUGAAAAAAAAAUCUGAAGAAAUCUCAAACAUUCUGCAAACGUCUCUGGGUUGUAUUUUUGAAGGAAUUUCAGAAAGAAUCCAAAAGGAUAUUUCUGAAGGAAUCCCUGAAGAAGUUUCCGAAGAAAUUUCCAGUAGAAUCCACGUAAACAUUUAAGACAUGUCCUUGUAUGAAUAUCUAGAGGAAUAAGUGAAUAACUCACAGGAAAAUUCUUGGAAGAAUCCCAUAAGGAAUUUCUGAAAAACUUCCUGAAUUGCAGGAUGGAGAAACUGUCUGAAAAACCCUUAGUGGAAUUCUUAAAAAAGUAUAUUAAGGAUUGUUUAGGAAAAUUAUUGGAAAUUCUUUGAAGAAUGCCUGAAGAAAUUCUCAGAACUAUGGUUAUAAACAGAAAUUUAAGAAUUCUUCCAGUUUUUUGUGCAAUUUCCAGGAAAACUUCUAAAAAAAAUCUCUGAAGAAAUAUUUAACACUUUAGGAAUUCUCGUAAAAAUGACCGCAGAAAUUUCUUAAGGAAUUUAUGGAGAAAUUAUUUCCAAAAUAAUCUCUGUAGGAUUUUUUAAGAAAUUUUAAGAGAAGUUUCUGAAAAAUUCCAUGGAAGCUCUUGAGAAAUUCCUGAAGAAAUUCCUAAAAUUCUGAGAAUCUGAGCAGACAUUUCUGAAAGAAUCCCUGAAGGAAUUUCUGAAGAAAUUUUCAGUAGAACCCAUGUAACAAUCUUAAAGAUAUCCUUGUACGAAUCUCUAGAGGAAAUUUUUGAAGGAAUCCCAUAAGGAAUUUCUGAAAAACUUCCUGAGGAACUCCUUGAGAAACCCUUGGUGGGAUUCCCAGUAAAGUAUAUUGAGGAAUUUCCAAUCCAAGAAAGAUGUCCUAAAAGAACUUUCCCAAAGAAGCCGUGAAAGACUUCUGGAGUAGAAUUCCUGGAGGGUUUUCUGAAAACCGAAACGUAUCCAUGGAGCGAUUCUUGAAGAAAGUUUUUUGAAAGAGUUCGUGAAUUAACUUCUGUGGUAUUUUUUUUUGAUAAAUUUUAAAGGAACCUAUAAUUUGCUGAAGGAAUCCCUGGAUAACUUGCUCCGAAGGAAUUGCAGCCAAAGUUUCCUUUAGAGAUAAUUUCUUCCGAAAGACUAUCUAGACGACUGGAAAAUCUUCUAUGGAUAGUUUCCGUAAUUGCAAGGGAUAGCUUCAGAAGUCUUGCAGAAAACCUCUCAGGGAUUUUUAAAUUUUUUUUUCAGAAAAUCUUUAAGAAAUUUCUCCAGUGUUUCCUCCAAGUGAAGAUUUGUUGAAGCCAUGGCCAAAGUGUUCAAAAUCACAAAUCUGGAGAACCAAAUUUCGGUUGGCUCUGGAAAGUUGAUCGAUUGGUUACCCGAUAGUGGAAAAAUCUUAAGAAACUCUUGAAGAAAUCCCAAGCUAAUUCUCUGUGGGAAUAUCUGAUAGAAUCUCUACGUGAAUUCCUGAAGAUGUGCGAAGGAUUUCAUCGAUAGGAAUUCAUUCUAAGGAGAUACGUAGAAGAGUCUUUGGAUUAAUUCUUGAUGAUAUCAUUCAAGAAUUUUCCGUAAGAAUUAAAAAAAAAUCGGUAAAUCCUUAAUUAUCUUCAGAAUUACUGACAGGUUUUUUCAAAAAUUAAUCCAGAUUUUCCAUUGAAAAUUCUUUCGGCAAUUUUUGAAGGAACUUCCCCGAUCAUAAAGCCUGCGCACUUUAGAAUCGGUACACUUUCAACCGGCUGCCGCUCAAAAACGGUGUCACUUGGAAAAAAGUGUUGUUAGAAGCAAUUGAAGCUUAUCUAUUGUAGAUUGUAGGAAAAGUAUAAAAUUUGCUAUUUUUAUAUUUUUAGAUGAACUAUUGAUCUGAAUUCGUAAAUAGUGCCAUUUUUUUCUGCACACAUUGAGCAAAAACCAAUCAUUGUCAGAUUCAAGAUUUGUGUAGGAAUAUAUAAUUACCAAACCCACCAAUUACGCAGUAUAUAAUAGUUCUUGGUAUUAUGAUUGUUGAUUAAGGGAGGUAAAAUAUUCCAUGAGUGUUUUAAAAUUUCCAAUAUAGCUAUGGUAAGCCUUUGAAGGGUUUUAUGGAAAAUCAAAGACUUGCAUAGAUAUUUAAGGUCAAAAAGUUGUUUUCGCAUUAGCUUUAGUUCGGCAAAUACGCAUACGGGAAGGAUACUAUACGAAUAGUAUUAGUAUACAAGAAACCAAUGAUUUGAUGUAGAACAAUAUAAAUAAUCGUGGCUCGAAAGCUGUAUGGACUAUUGCUGACGAAAUUCAUUGGAUGUGUUUUGAUGGCGUGAAAUAUCUAACGAAAUUUUUAAUAAAACUGAAUCUACUCAAAAGUUUUUUAUUUGUGAUCAUAGAAUCACAUCUAUAGUUCCAUAAUCUAUAUGGUUUUCAGUGUUUUAUCCAUGAAAACUAUCUUAUUUUAGGCUUAUUAUGAGGAGUUAGCCUUAUGACUGUUAAUUUCCGACUACUGUGAGGGAAAACUGCUAAUAAUUCCAAAAAUAAUCCAGGUUUCGAUAUGAAUUAAGUUGGGCCACUUGAAUUGGGGAACUGUAGAUCCAAAAAAACGAUCUCAGGAAAUAUUUUUUCAUAAAAAAAUAGUGUGAGUAAAAUUAUGUUUUGAAUAUAGCGUGAAUGGCCAAUAAGGCUAUAAGUUUAUUAUGGUCUUGUGAACCAUAUUUGUCAAGAGUUUAAUGUCGUAACUUGUUUUGAGCAUAUGUUUGAUGAGUAUAAUUUUGUUUCUUGUGGAAAUAUCAGCCCGUAAGCUGUGAAAUUUGAAAAUAUUGACGAUCAUUGGUUUUGUGCAGAAUAAAAUGGCAUGAAUUUCACAAUCAGGUCAAAAUUUUAUCUUGAACAAAUAAAAACUGAUUUUUUCAUAUUUUUCCUACAAAACACAAUAAAUAAGCUUCAUUUGCUUCUUACAACAUUUUUUUCUAGGUUAACCCGUUUUUGAUCUGCAGCCGGUAGAAAGCGUACCGAUUCUAAAGUGCGCAGGCUUUAUCAUGUGGAAUUCAUUGAAGAAUUAACGGAGCUAUUCUUCAAGAAAUUGCCGAAGCGAUUCCAUAAAACCGCUUUAAUUCCUAAAUGUAACGCUGGAUUCCUGAAUUUCAAAAAGAAAAAGUUGCCGGAGGACUUUGUGCAGGUAUUGUCUGAAGAAUUUCCGAGAACAUUUAUUAAAAAAUUCUUAAAAAAAAACUCUUGAAAUAAUAACAAGAGACAAACCGAUCAACCGGUGAAAGAUUUUCGAUGUCGAUCAAUAUUGAUUUGUUUUGAAACGAUGGCGAUCGCUAUCAACAGAUGAAGAACUAUGAAGAAAAUCGGAAUCGGAAAAAAGGAAUUGCCAGAAGAACUUCCGAAGAAAUUGCAGAAGGAAUUCCCAAAAAUAGUUGACUGGGAAAAUUCUGCAAAAAAACAAACUGUCGAUCCUCAAGGAGCUUCCAUAACGUUCUGAAUUUAUUGUCUAAAAAAAUCCUAUAGAAAGUUCCGGUAAAAAGAAAGAAUUGAUGAUUCCUUAAGAAUUUUUCGGAAAUGUCCUGAAAAAUUAUUAAAAAGACCAUUUUGAAGAAGUUUCUAAAGCAAUUUUUGUUGACAUGCCGGAAGAAAUUAUGAGAAACUUGGUAGCGAAAUUCCUCAAGAAGUUUCCAGUGAUAGUCCUAAGGUCCUGAAUAAAUACUUGAGAAAUUCUUCUAAAAGUUUUCCGGAAGUAAAUCUAAAAUUUAAAAAAAAAUGGUAGGGAGUUUCUCCAGAAACUGAAAGACAUAUUUCUUGAUAACUUGAAAAUAUCCUAGGGAUAUUUCUAGAAGAAUUACCAGAAUAACUCCUCAAGAAGUUGCCACAGGAUUUCCUGAAUAAAUUGUCUAAGAAAUUUGGGAAUCACUUGGAAAAUUUCUAUCGAAAUCAAUAGCACAAUUUUAAGAAAAAAAUCUGAAAAAAUUCCAAGGAUUUUCCGAAGAACUAUUAAGAAGAAUUCCAUACGAAAUUAUCGAGAGAACCUCCAGAGUAAAUUAUCUUGGAUAUUUCUGAAUAAAUUGUCGCAGUAAACAAUGGAAAAAUGUCGAGAAAUUUCCUUUGGAAAUCGCAGGAGAAAUUUCAAAUUGAUUUGCUGAAGCAAAUCCUAAAGAGAUUUCAGAAAAAUUGUCAGAGGAAUUCGAUAGGAAAUUCUCGGCAGACUCUCACUUAAACUGCUUGCGGAAUUCCUAGAAAGCAUUUUCAAAAAUAUUUUUAAUAUUUUUACCGAAGGAUUACCUCAGAUUAUCGCCGGAUAAACUUUUUAAACAAUUUCCGGAGAAAUUAAAAAAAACGGAAAAAUUUGCAAAUGUAUUGCUAGAAGAAUGCCUGAAAAAAAAUACUAAAAACACGACCAGAAAAUCCAGAAGGAGUUACCAUAGGACUUUUUAAAAAGAAUUUGCCAGAGCAAUCUUUCUAUGAACUGCUGGAGAAAUUGCCGGAGAAAUUUAUGAUUAUAUUGCCGGAGCGAUUCCAAAAGAAAUCGCCGUUUGUUUUUCUCAAAAUCUUGUGUAAAGAUCUGUUGUGUAUUUUUGAAUUGGUUGUCGUGCUAUUGCUUCAGAAAUUUUUCCAAGAGAUCGUUCAGCAACUCCACCAAGUAAUUCUUAUUGAAUUCCUCCGAAGAUGGAAUGGGAAAUCCUUGAAGAUUUUUUCUAAAAUUUGCCGGAGCUCUGAGAUAAAUUGGUGGAGAAACCACGAAAAAAAAAACGUUUGGAGAAAUUCCUGUAGAAAUUAUUAAAGAUAAAUAAUUUAUGAAACUUUGGAAGAACUUCUGAAACUUCUAUAAGAAUCCUUGGUGAAAUGCCAGAAGUGAUGCAUGGUGUAAUUUCAAAAGGAGCCCAUAGGAAUGUUUUAUGGAAUACCUAAAGAAUUGCUUAGAGGGAUUGAAAAAAAAAGGGAGAUUGAAGAAAUCUCCUGACAGUAUGUUUGAAGACAGCCUAGAAGAAUCAUCGAAGGGUUUUCUUAAGGAAUUCUUGAAAGAACUCCGGAUACAAUCGUUGGAAGAAAUUUCUGAAUCUAAAUGGAAUCUGAAAGUAUUUUUAAAAAAAGAUCCUGAAUGAAUCACAGAAAAAAAAUCAAAACAAAUAAAGUUCGACAAAUAAAAAAAAACAAAUUUGAGAAAUUUCUAAUAAAUUUCUUGAAAAAAAAUCUUGGGAUAUAUUUAAACGAACUCUUUCAUAGAUGUCUAGCAACAUUCUGAAAGUAAUAAUUGUAGGAGCUACUGAGGUUUGAAAGGGAUUCUUGCGAAGGUUUCCAAAUGGAACCAACUUCUGAAGAAAUUCUUAAACAAAGAACUGCUGAUAUCCUUGUAGGAUCCUCCAGUUUUUUUUUUUUGAGAAAUUUAUUAAGAAACUUAUGUUUUUAUUCUUGGGGAAAUUAAUAGUCCAUAAUGAAAAAAAGCUUACAAGAAAUUCCAAUCCAAUAGCUUAGCAAUUAUUGUCACAAGUUCUGGGUGACGUGCUGAAGAAAUUCCUUAUCGAAAUCUUGGAGAAAUUUGUAAGAAAAUCCUUUGAGUACUUCGUUGGAAUGACAUCUAAAUUAAUACACACAGACAUCGCUGAAAAAAUGUUUACAGGAAUAACUCGAGAAAAACUUUACGAAAUCCUUACAGGAAUCUGUUAGAAUAUGUUUAAAUGGUUUCUGGAAAAAUAUCUGGAAAAAUCGCGAAAGGAAUUUUAGACAUUUUUUCAACAUAUGUUCUUCGAAAUUGACAAUACACUCGAAAAAACAUACAUAGACGAUAACUCGUACUUAGCCAACUUUGUCAGAUGUGAAGGACUGUGAUACUACAAAUCAGUAGCAUGAAUUACGCUUUCCGUAGAGCCAACGCUCCGUUUACCGUUAUUAAAAAAAAUAAAAAAAAAAUAAAAAAAAUAAAAUAAAAAAACUAAACUGAUUUGAACUCUAUCUCAAAUCUUGUGGUGACACCUUACUUGGUUCGUUUCUUUCCUACAGACAUCUGCAUAUCAUGCACAUGCAGAUGUCUGUAGGAAAGAAUAGAAUAGAAGAUUCACUGAACCUACAGGCAAUCAUAGGUCUAGUUGGUGUUGCUUUUAGUCAUAUUAAAAAAAUGGAAAAUGGCAAGGGAAUAGGAAUGUCUCGACUCAUCGCCACAUAACUCUGCUCCCACUUCUUUUGAUCUUAUCUUGUGGCUGCUAUCGGCUGAUAAUCUUCGCCCAACCAAUAAAAGUAGCUUAUUUGAAGCCUUUUUUAAGCUCUUAUACAGCAAAAUUGUUGAUCGUAGAAUGGUGUAAUUUCUCUUGACUGUCCCAUAAAUAAAUUGGAUGGAAGUGAAAACAAAUAUUUGUUUGGUGGAGCAAAAUGCGCACGAAAAGUCGUCAUUUAGGGCAUUACCGCUCUUCAAUCCGCAGCGCCAUUAUGCCAUAUCAACUCAGACAGUUUUCUUUUCUGCAUGAAGUCUCUUUCAUAAUGUAAGAUCUAAAGCUAAAUGCAUCCAUCUUAUGUAUGCCAAAGAGGCAAAUCGGGAAGAUCAAAAGCUCUUCUUUGUUUGGAACGCACUCUCUAUUUCUAUUCGGUACAUUGCUUCAAUAAUAUCGCUGGCCACAUUUUGCUGCUCGAUUAUCUUUGCGGUGGGAUAACAUCACGUCCAGCCUUUGGAAUCUCUUUUGGUUCCCAUAGGACACUCGUUUUACGCUGUUCAACAUUGUUCCUUCUAUUUGGGUUGCUGCUGUGACUGAUGAUUUGGUGACGGACGAUCCAAUCCGAUGACACCCACACUUUUUGUCGCCAAAUUCUGGCUUUAAUCUGAUCUGAUCUCUUAGCAAACUAUCUCUCCAAGCGCAGUUCAGUGGGUUCUUAAUACUAGUUUUAGCCCAUGGAAAUGAUUGACUACGAAAUGUUUCAAAGUUGCUCAAAUGAUUCCAAUGAGUCUCAAAGGCGGUUAAGAGAAGGCAUAUUCCAACUGCAUACGUCGAAUUGAUUUAUCUUUUUGAAAGGCCCAUACGUUCAAAAGCUUGACGGGGCCAAAAAACUAGUUUUUUUUUGUAAUAAAAUAACAGACGAAUUGGAAUCACAGUGAUGAGUAUGUUGAUCUUUGCGUUAGUUGAUUUAACUGAAUCUUUAAUUUUAAGUGGGAAGAGUUUUAAUGGGUCUUAUAUUAUAUUACUUGAUCAUGUUUUGAAAUCAUUGUUUCACUUGUUUUUUUGUCUUUUAAUCUUUACCUGUAUUUAUUACUUCUUUAUUGCUUGUAUGAUAAGCAACAAAAACACGUUCUUACAGUUUACUGCCGACCAUCGUGAGUGACACUCAUGACUGCGGGAGCCGUACUGGUAGCUACAAAUCCUCUUACAGUGGUAGAUCUACCGCGCCUUGGUCGCAGAUCGAUGUCUAUCGGAUCCUAUUACGCACACGUUGGAUAGUGUGUCGGAUUCUCUGUGAAUAAUCUGCUUGCUUCAAUGGGUAUUGCGAUUGAACCCCAUUUUCUUAAGUAAGUACUAGGGAGAGAAUCGACAAUACGGUUGCGGCUGCUUUCCUGCACUCGACUGAAAAAUUUGUGUGUUAUUGGAAAUUUAGCUGACAUUUCUUCUUCGCCCUCAAAAAAAAAAGAAAAAAAAAGCGUUAGUGAACAAAUCUGAAAUAUUAAUAAUUUUUGGAAUGUUCUAAGCUUAUUCAUCCCCAAAUGUAUUACAAAAGCUCCUUUGUGCAAUAGGAUAAUCACCUCUUAGAUUGUUUUUUUUUUUUCGGUAUUUUUGAGCCCAUAUCAGAAAAACUUCCUUUCUGAUAUUUACUUUUUGCGCUCUCAUUCCUAGUCGUGUAAAAUAGGCUUUGUGAUUUAAAAUGGUCGAGAGAGUCUUUCUUCAGUCAAUCAUCUCUUCAUAAAUUUAUUCGUGGGUUGCCUCCGAGUUCUCUCGAAAAUUUCUCAACGUUUAGGCCCUGAUUUCAUCAGGGAUUACUUUUUAAAUUCUUCUUGAAAUUUGUUUAAAAAAAUUCUUGGAAAUUUCUACAGGAAUCCUUUAUUAAUUUAAAAAAAAGUCUUCCAGAGACUUCUCAGAAAUUCGUAUAGAAAUUUCUUUCAGAAGUCCGCCAGAGAUUUGUUCAAAAAUAACUUUGCAAACGAGAUUCAAAAAUUCCUCCAAUGAUUCCAGUAACUCCAUCUCCAGGUAUUUCUUGGGUAACUCUUCCAGCGAUUCCUACAGAAAUCUGCCAGCGAAAUUUUAAGAACUUUCGCCACGAAUGCCCUUGGAAAUUUCUCUAAGAAUUCGUUCAGGGUUUCGUUAAGUUAAUUCAUAGUUUUUUUUAAGACUUAUCUUCAAAGUUUUCUAGAGAUUUUUCCUGAAAUUGAUUUAAGAACUCCUUUAUAAAGCUUUCCUUGGAAUCCUUCUGAAAUAACUCCAUGAAUUUCUUUGGAAAUUUCUCCAGGAAUUCCUUUUAGAGAGUCUUAUUCGAAAUCCCUUUUGAAGAUAUUUCAAAACAUCUUCGAUUGAUUCCUUAAGAAAUUUGUUUUAAAUCUAUUUUAAGAAUUUUCCUAGAGGAUUUUUUCUUGAAAUUUAUUUUCCAUAGAUUCUUUCAAGGACCUCCAUGGAUUCUUUUGGAAAUUCGUACGAGAAUUCGUUCCGGAAAUCAUCCACGGAUUUCUUAAAAAAACCCUAAGUCUAUUAUCUGUCAAGAAUGUGCUCUAAGAAUCCAUUUAAAGAAUUAGAAAUUCCUCUGGAGAUUCCUUCGCAAAUUCUUGAUGAGAUACCAUAAUAUUUUUUGCAAGAAUUUCAUGUUUUUUAUUCUUCAAAAUUGCUCCUUGGGUUCGUUCAGAAAUUACUCCAGCAAUUCGAUCUUAAAAUUCACCAAGGUUUUUUUUGAGAAACUCUUUCGGUGGUUUCUUCAGAAAUUCUUCCUAGGAUUUUCAAGAAAUUUUUCCAGCGAUUUUUUUCCAAACCUUCCUAAAUGAAAUUCCAAGAAAUUCCCUUUAAGAACUCUUUUUGGAUGAUUUCCAUGGAUUCCUUCUAAAAUUUCAUCAUGGUUUUUUAUAAUUACUAAAGAUUUUCCUGGAGAAGUUUCCGAGAAUUUUUUAAACACUUCUCAGGAAGAAUUUGAAUAGUAAUCCUUGAUUCAUCGUGGAUUACUUUUUAAAUUCUUCUUGAAACUCGUUUAAAAAAUCAUCGGAAAUUUCUCCAGGAUUUCUUUAUUUAAUUCUUUCUAAGAAACUUCUCCAGAAUUCUCCAGAGAUUUCUCAGAAAUUCGCACAGAAAUUUCUUAAAAAGUCCACCAGAGAUUUGUUGAAAAAUAACUUAACAAACUGUAAUGAAAAUUACUGCAUAAACCUUUCCGGAAAUUUCUUGAGGAAAUCAUCCAUAGAAUAUUGCAGGAAUUCCUCCAGAGAUUCUUGCAUAAUUACUUUCAGUGAUUCAUUGAAAAAAUCCUUCAGGGUUUCCUCCAUGUGUUUAUCCGGAUAUUUCACCGACAUUUUUUUUUUAGGGAUAACUCCAUGAAUUAAUCCACGAAUUCUUUUAUGAAUGUUUUCAUAAAUAUAUUUUCUUUGAUUUUCGUUAUGAAUUUUUUUAAGAACUUCUCAAAAGCGUUUUUGAGGGUUCUGAAAAGAAGUAAAUCUAGGUAUUUCUCCAAAAAUUCCUGCAGGAACUCUUUUAGAAAUGCGUAUGCAGAUUUCACCAGGAACACUUUCCGAAAAUCCUCUGUACCAAAAGAAUUCUUCAAAAAACUUUUUGGAAAAAAAAAUCUUCAAUGAUUUUUUCUAGGAAUUCCAUCCAUGGUUUCUCGUGAAGUUUCCCAAUAAAGUUCCUCCUGGGAUUCUUCUAGGGAUUUCCCUAAAUUUUUUUUCAGAUAUUCCUUCCUGCUCGAACUUGUUCAAAAAUAUUUCCAGAGAAAUUUUCAGAAUUUUAGGAAUUUCUUAAGACUUUUUCAAAAGUUUUUGUAUGGAGUUUUUAGAAAUAUAUCUUUCCUUCACAAAUUCUUCCAAGAAUCACAAAGAUUUUUCAGAAAUUGGUCCUGCGUUUCCGUCAGAAAUAUUUUCUGGGAUUCUAUCAGGGAUUCCUGCAAGAAUUGUUUCAGAUUUUCCUCCAGGAUUUUUUUUCGGUAAUUUUUCAAAAAUUGCCCAAAAAAUGAUGAAACAUUACUAGGAAGAAUCCCUGAAGGAUUCCACUAAAAGCUAUACCUUUAGAGCUUCUCAGAAACAGUUCUUGGCAAUUUUCUGAAGAUGUUUUGACAAAAAGUCCCAAAGAAAUUGAAAUUAGUUCUGGAUGAGUUUUUGAAGAUACCUUCAUGAUUCAAAGGAAAAAUGCAUGAGAAAUGUCUUAAGAGAUCCCUCAGUGAUUACUGAAGAUAUUUCUUUGAUAAAGUCUACAGAAAAUGCAGACAAAAGUACUUGUGGAAUUCCGAAAGAAACUUCCAAGGAAACUUUUGAGGAUUUUUUUAUUAUCUCUGGAGGAUUUUUCAAGAAUUUCUAAUAAAAUUUCUGUAGGGAUUAGUAGAAAAAACUUCAAAGUACUACCUGAAGAAAAUUAUGUAAGAAAUACGGAGCAGAAACAAACAAGAAAUCGUGAAGAAAUUCUUCAGAGAAACUAAAAGUGUAGAAUAAGAUUCAUGUUGAAAUACACAUUAUUAAAAGAAAAAAAAGAAAAAAAUAACCGCUGAAUAGAUUCUUCGAAACAAUACUAAGCAGAGCUGGAAAUAUUAACAGAAUUAUUUUUUUCCAUUCUAUUCUAAGAGUUUUUUUAAUGCCUUGAAAUAGGCUCCUAAAGGCCUAUCUCAAUUUCUGCAUAAUUCGAUCAAGCAUUGAUUAAAACGACAUGUUUACUAAUUUUUUAAGUUUUCCUAUUAGGUAAAGUCCAUAAAACAUAUUUUCAAAAUUUUGAACAACUUUUGCAACACUCCUUGGUUAGCACUCAAUUUUGGGUAAAUUUUGUUUACCGUGUAUGUCAAACAGGAAUAUUUGCUGUCAAAAGUGAGCCAAUGUGAUGUCUUUUGCAACCCGCCGUUUCACUUUCGUUACGUCAAGGUUGACCUGGAAUGUCAAACAAGACCUGAUCAUCAAUAUUUUAUUUUCGAGUUUAUUAACUAUUCUGUCAUUUUUUAAGUUUGGAAAAAUUACCAUUGAGAUCAGAAAAGCAUGCUCCUUCGUGUUAUGCAGCAAAACCGGGAAAAUAUUUUUCAUUUUAGGACCCUAUUGCUGAUGGAAUCUUUGGAGAAAUCCCUGAAGCAUUACCGAAAAAAACACUCUGAAAGAAUCCCUGAAGAAAUGUCCCAAUAAAUCCUAAGCAAUCUCUGAUACCUGGAGGAAUUUCUGGAGAAACCCUUGAACAAGUUUUAGAAGAAUUAAUUGAGAUUUUUUUUUAGAAUUGUCAAAAAAAUUACCGAGAGAAUCUCUGAUUAUUUGUAGCAACACUCGAACGAAUCGCUGAAGAAAUGCCAACCAUAAUUUUUAAAAGAGUUUUUAAAAAUUUCUUAAUUUCUAAUGGAAAACACUAGAGGAAUUUCUCAAAAAACAAAACCUCUCGAUCUCUAUUAAAAAAAAUCUUCAGCAAUUGCAUCGUUUGCAGAAAUUUUUUGAAAAAUUUCUAGAAAAACUCCGGGAGAAUUCCUAAAAAAAAACUCUUGAAUUAAAUUCCGAUAACAUGCCCACAAAAUUGUUUCAAGAAAAACAAUUAAAAAAAGAGAGAGGCGGAUAUGAACCAGCCUCGGGCUGAAAAUCUCCCUAAUAAAGCUAAUAAUAAUAACAAAAAAGAUCCUAAAGAAUGACUGAAGAAGCCCCCGGGCCAGGAGGAUUUCUAUUUGGGAAACUCGUGACAUUCAGAAUGAAUCUUUCGGAAAAUUUCUUCCAGAAACUUCUGAAGGACACCCAAUGCAAAUUUCUGGAAAAAACCCUCAAAGAAUCUCUGGAUAAUUCCUGGAGAAUUUUUCAAACACAUGGGUGAGAAUGCAUUCUAAAGGGAUACGUGAAGGAAUUUCUGAAACAAUUCUCGCUACUUUUUAUAAAAAUUCUGGAAAAAAAACAUUGAUAAUCCAUGAAAGAAUUCCUCAAGAAAUUUUUAUUGGUGUUCCUGGAGAUCAUCGAAGAGGUUGGUUGGUUGGUUGCCUACGAGUCUCCUCAGAAAUUUAUCAACGUUUAGGCCCGUUAUAUACAGGGGAUACUCAAAAUAACUGGGACAGGUAAAAUUUUCACUUUUCAAAAAAUGUUAAACUCGCUGUAACUUUUCGAAAAGGGCAUCAAAUGUUCUCAAAUUUUUACUGUAAGUUCAUCAACUAGUUGUGUGUCAGUGGUCAAAAUUUGGGAAAGAUCGAGCCAUUCUACACGAAGUUAUAAAGGUUCUAGAAAAAGGUAUAAUUAUCCGAUAGCCAACUUUGAGCUGUUAUAUCUCCGGAUUCAAUGAACCGAAUGCUAUGAAAUUUUGAUCCUUUAUGACUUAUAUAAUGAGCUAUUAAAAACUUUUGACUAAACUUAAAAUUCUUUUCACGAACGAAAAUUAUUACGAUUGGAUUAUUUUUCCAAUAUAACACCAAUUUAUCCAAAACUUCAUCAUCGUUUCAAAAUUAGAGAUAGUAAUUAUAGUUCAUUUAAAUUCCCUCUAAUUGACUUGAAUAUAUUUAUGUUUCAAAGAAAAACAACCAAAUAGCCGGCAUUAAAUUGAAAAAGUAAUGGGAUGCAUAUGAAAAAUAGAUAAAUUUACUAUAAAAACACUGAAUAAAUGAAAUCGCCUUAACUUUUUUUCUUAUUUAUAAUUUCAAAUUAAGUAAACUGUUUUUCAAAGUUCAUUAUAUAAGUCAUAAAUGAUCAAAAUUUCAUUGCAUUCGGUUCAUUGAAUCCGGAGAUAUGACAGCUCAAAGUUGGCUAUCGGAUAAUUAUACCUUUUCCUAGAAUCUUUAUAACUUCGUGUAGAAUGGCUCGAUCUCUUCCAAAUUUUGAGCACUGACACACAACUAGUUGAUGAACUUACAGUAAAAAUUUGAGAAUAUUUGAUGCCCUUUUCGAAAAGUUACAGCAAGUUGAACAUUUUAUGAAAAGUGAAAGUUUUACUUGUCCCAGUUAUUUUGAGUAUCCCCUGUAUCAAAGAAUCAUUAAAAAAUUUUCAGCAGAAGUUUUUUUUUCCAGUUUCAGGGUUUUUUUUUUCUUAAUUUCUAAUGGAAAACCUUAGAGGAAUUUCUCAAAAAAAAAAAAAAAAAACUCUGGAUCUCUAUAAAAAAAAAUCUCCAACAAUUGCAUCGUUUGAAGAAAAUGUUGGAGAAAUUUCUAGAAGAAUUCCGGGAAAAUUCCCGAAAAAAAAACUUUUGAGAAAUGCCCUCAAAAAUGUUUCAAGAAAUACAUGCACGAACUUUCUUAGCAAUCGCUGAAGGGAUUUCCAAAACAAAGGCGAAUGAACCAGAAAGUAUAAAAACUUAAAAAAUAAAAAUAAAAAAUAAAACAUCCUAAAGAAUGACUGAAGAAACCCCAGGGUCUGAAGGAUUUCUUUUUGGGAAACUCGUAGACUAGUUCCAGAAUGAAUCUUUUGAUUUUUUUUUCAGAAACUCCUCAAGGACACCCAAUGGAAACUUCUGGAAAAGUUCCUCAAACAAUUUUUGGAGAAUUCCUGGAGAAAUUUUAAAAUACAUGGGCGAGAAUGCAUUCUAAAGGGGUACGUGAAGGAGUUUCUGAAGCAAUUCUAGCUUCUUUUUAUAAAAAUUCUGGAAAAAACAAUUCCGCAAGAAAUCUUUAGUGGUGUUCCCGGAGAUCAUCGAAGAGGUUGGUUGGCUGGUUGCCUACGAGUCUCCUCAGAAACUUCUCAACGUUUAGGCCCGUUAUAUAUCCAAGAUUUAUUAGAAAAUUUUCAGCAGAAGUUUUUUUUUCAGUUUCAGGAAUUUUUUCUUAAUUUCUAAUGGAAAACCCUAGAUGAAUUUCUCAAAAAAAAAAACUCUCGAUCUUUAUAAAAAAAUCUGCAACAAUUGCAUCGUUUGAAGAAAUAUUUUGAGAAAUUUCUAGAAAAACUCCGGGAGAAUUCCCGAAAAGCAAAAAUCUUGAAUAAAAUUCUGAUAUUCUUUCGGGAGAAAUGCCCUCUGAAAUGUUUCAAGAAAUACAUGCACGAACUUUCUUAGCAAUCCCUGAAGGGAUUUCCAAAACAGAGGCGAAUGAACCAGAAAGUUUGAAACCUCCUUAAAAAUAAAAAAAUAAAAAAAAAAGAUCUCAAAGAAUCACUGAAGAAACCCCAGGGCCAGGAGGAUUUCUUUUUGGGAAACUCGUGGACUAGUUUCAGAAUGAAUCUUUCGGAAAAUUUCUUCCAGAAACUCCUGAAGGACACCCAGUGAAUAUUUCUGGAAAAGAUCCUCAAAGAAUUUUUUUAAGAAUUCCUGGAGAAAUUUUGAAAUACGUGGGUGAGAAUGCAUUCUAAAGGGAUACGUGAAGGAAUUUCUGAAACAAUUCUCGCUUCUUUUCAUAAAAAUUCUGGAAAAAAACAUUGAUAAUCCAUUGAUAAAGAAUUCCUCAACAAAUCUUUAAUGAUGUUCCUGGAGAUCAUCGAGGAAUAAAAGGAAUACAUUAUUAAAGAAUUCUCAAGGUAAUCUUUAGAGGAAUUCUUACUAAACUCAUUGUGGCCCGUAAAGUGGCAGGAUAGUUCGAAAAUAUAGUCCAAAAAGGUUCUGAAGUUCAGGAUUAUCAAAUUCUACAGAAUCUACCUCAAUCGUCAUUCAAUCUACGUUUGCGGUUACUGUCCGCUGAUAUCCAUGGGACUCCGAAAUGCAACGAGAAGUCUUUUGUGAGGUCGUACGACAUUGUAAGGUUUACAAAAUGUUCUGGAGUUCAGGACUUUCAAGUUCUACAACAUCUAGAUCAAUUGUCAUUCAAUCUACGUUUGCUGCUAUUGCCCAUUGAUAUCCAUGGGUCUCUGAAAUGCAACGAGACGUUUUUUGUAAGGUUUACAAAAUGUUCUGAAGCUCAGCACUUUCAAAUUAUACAGAAUCUACCUCAAUUGCCAUUCAAUCUACGUUUGUGGCUACUGCCCGCUGAUAUCCAUGGUGCUCUGAAAUGCAACGAGACAUCUUUGUAAGGUUUACAAUAUGUUCUGGAGUUCGGGACUUUCAAGUUCUACAGAAUCUACCUCAAUUGUCAUACAAUCUAAGUUUGCGAUUACUGUCCGCUGAUAUCCAUGGGACUCCGAAAUGCAACGAGAAAUCUUUUCUGAGGUCGUUCGACAUUGUUAGGUUUACAAAAUGUGUUGGAGUUCAGGACUUUCAAGUUCUACCGAAUCUAUCGCAACUGUCAUUCAAACCACGUUCGCAAUUACUGUCCGCUAAUAUCCAUGGUGCUCCGCAAUGCAACAAGAAGUCCCUUUUGAAGUGUAAAUCCUGCAAGAAUGCCCCUUCCACGAUAAUUUGAAAAAUAGUAAUGAAAAAAGUGAAAAACUUUUUCAUGGAGGUGUUUCUAGGAAUAAUUCAUAAUUAGACGCAAUAUUGAGGCCAUUUUCAUGGGGGCGUGCCAGUAUAGGGACGCUGAAAUUUGGAAACCUUGAGUGAUCAGUUUUUAUUGUAUGCCAUGACAGUACUGAUCAGCGUGUCUCGUCCAGCUGAUCACGAUGCCUAGGAAAAUAGUCGUAAUAAACCGGUGCACUUUCAUCUAACUAACAAGCUAAGAUUGGUUCUACACUAGAACUGAACUGAUCACUCUGCCCAGCUGUUCCUAUUUAUCCACCUUGAUGAAAUGCAAUUGCCGGUUGGCUUCCUGGUACGGCAUCUGGCGAUGAAAGAUGUUUAGACUUGUUGAUAAAAGGCGUCGAAUGGUGUCUUCUCAAGAAAACGUCCUUCAAAAUAUCGUACCGUUGCGAAAAACUCAGGCCAAUUGCUCCUAUAUGGUACGAUAGCGUGAGGUUACUGGAGUAACUCAGAUAAAAUAUUAUUGAAGCGGUCAAGUGAAACUUCUGAGGUGAAAAAUCAAAACUUAAGAGCUGGUUACUUGCAUUAGAAGUAUCCUAGCUUUCUUAGGGGAUUAGGCUGUCCCUAGAAAGUCGAUGUUAGAAAACUUAAGGUGUUAAACCCUAAAAUGAAAGAUAUGCAAAUUUGAAGCAUUUUUGUAGAACAUUUCGAUUUUCUAAAAAAAAAAUAUUUAGACGUUUCGCCAGGGUUAUUUUUGAAAAAAAAUUACCCUUUUCAUAAAGUUUCUCAAAAAAAAAUUUCAUAAUAUUUUUUCAAUUUCUGAUUUUUUUCUUUUUUUUUCUAUGGACCUCUAGGCAUUCUUAAAGGGUAUUGGUUGUUCAAUUGUUGUGUUUAUAUUGACAGCAUGUUUCAUAAACCAAUACUCUUCAAGAAAAUCUGGAGGUCCAUUGAACAAAAAUAUAGAAAAAUAGUCAGAAAUUGAAAAAAAAUACGAAAAUAUGGGUUUUAAGAAAAAUUUCUUAAAAAGGGUCAUUUUUAAAAAAUUCCCCCUUUCGAAACUUCUAAAUCUCUUUUUGCAUAUCUUUCAUUUUAAAGUUGAGCACCUUUUUUAUUUUUUUCUUUUUUUUUCUAUUUUUUUAAUUUUUUCAUAUUUUAUUUUUGUACCAUUUUGACUUUUCGGACACCGAUUUUUGUUUUGAGACAACCUACAGAAGAUCGAAUUCCACCUUGGUUGAGCAGUCACUUCCCCAAGAUGAGUUUUUUCUCAGCGAAACACACUCACGACGUGAUCAACCUACGACUGCGUGGUGCUGUAGGGCCCUAACUUCAUCCGGUUGUUUCUUUUGCGUAUGCUCUUUUCGUCUGUCUAUACAGGGUGGCAGUCUCUCGUCUUAAUUUAUUGACUUAACCUGCUUAUCUACUGUUGCGUGAAAAGAGGCAGAUAAUUGACGUCUGUUCUAUGUGUUUAAAUUGAAAAUUUAAUACUAUCUCUUCACAUUAAUGGUUAUGAACAGGCACUGGCUAAGUGAGAGGAUCUUUUCAAACAUUUUUAUGAGUACCAACUACUGUAAUUCCUAUUAAAAUCUUCCAAGUGACAGUAUUUACCAGGUUCAAUUAUCACAUUUUCAGUAGAAGUUCUUUCUAAGAAAAUAUAAGGAGUAGGUGGAUUGGUCAACCGGUUUCACCUUCAAGCCUAGCGCAGAUGCAUUUUUCGAAUUGAUCGGUAAAAUUAUGCGGAAGUAAGUCCACCUUGGCACGACACAUAAAUUUAAGUCUUUUAUAAUCUGGAAUGUCUCCCAUCGAUGCAGCAUCAACGGGCCAAUUGAAAUCGUCUUAACUUUUCUUAACCGAGAAAGAUUUUAUGCCGCCAAAUGUGACGAUGAGAAUUAUUUUGAAAAUCUGUGAACUUUCAACCAAAAUUGUCGCACUCUCACUUACAUUACCGAAAUUCUCUUCAUUUUGAAUAUUUUUCUUUGACUGCCAAAGCCAGUUGCCAGUUGCUUUUCAUAUUUUUAUGGUCGAUCAGAACUGAAAGAGGAGUGAGGGUGGUUCCUACAUUAGAAGUCCUAGCUUUCCUAGAGGAUUAAGUUGUCCCAAAAAAAAAUCAAAAAAUGAAAGAUGCGCAAAUUUGAAGCAUUUUUGUAGAUCAUUUCAAUUUUCCAAAAACAAAUUUUCAGAGGUUCCGCCGGGGCGAGUAUUGAAAAAUGACCCUUUUUAUGAAAUUUCUCAAAAAAAAAUGACAUUUUCAUAAUACUUUUUCGAUAUCUGACUUUUUCUCUAUUUUUCCAUGAACCUCUAGGCAUUCUUGAAGAGUAUUGGUUGUUGAAAUCUUGUGUUUAUAUUGACGGCAUAUUUCAAAAAUCAAUACUCUUCAAGAAAGUUUAGAGGUCCAUUGAAAAAAAAUAUAUAAAAAAAGUCAAAAGUUGAAAAAAAUAUUACGAAAAAUCAAAGAUGAGAAAUUUAUUAAUAAGUUCAUUGUUUUUUUUAAUUGCCCUGGUGGAACCUCUUAUUAUUUUUUUUGCAUAUCUUUCAUUUUAGGGUUAAGCACCUUUCUUUUAUUUUUUUUUCAUUUUUUUUAAAUUUUUUAUUUAUUUUUAUUUUUUCUUUAUUUUUUAUUUUUUUAUUUUUUUAGCAUCUUGACUUUUUGAAUACCGAUUUUUAUUUUGGGACAUCCUAUAAUAGAGGAUCAAAUUCCACUUUGGUAGAUGAGUUCCUUCCCGAAGAUUCUUUCUCAGGGAAACGUACUCACGUGAUAAACCUACGGCUACGGGGUGCAGUAGAGCUCUAACCUUAUGGGUUGUUACUGUGGCGUAUGCUUUUGUCGUCUGUCUAUACAGGGCGACAGUCUCUCGUCUGGACUUAUUAACUAAACCUGCUUAUCUAUUGUUGUGUUAAAAGAGGUAGAUAUUUAACGUCUGCUCUGUUUUUUUUUUUAAUGUUUGUUCACCGCUUUUCUCGGUGAAGUCAUUCUAUGUGUAUGUUCUAUGUGAUCAAAUUGAAAUUUAAAUUCUAUCUCUUCGCAUUAAUGGUUGCGAACACACUGAUUAAGUAAGACGAUCUCUUCAAACAUUUGUAUAAGUACCAUCUUCUGUAAUUACUAUUCAAAUCUGCUAGGUAAUAGCAUUUACCACGUUCAAUUAUCACAUUUUCAGUAGAAGUUCUAUUCAAGAAAAUAUACGGUUUAGGUGAAUUUGUCAACCGGUUCACCUUCAAGCCUAAAGCAGAUGCAUUUUUCGAAUUGAUCGGUAAAAUUAUGUGGCAGUAUGUCUACCUUGGCACGACACAUAAAAUUAAGUCUUUUAUAAUCUGGAAUGUCUCCUAUCGAUGCAGCAUCAGCGGGCCAACUGAAAUCGUCUUAACCGAGAUGGAUUUUAUGCCGCCAAGUGUAACGAUGAGAAGAAUUUUGAAAAAAUCUGUCAAAAUUCAACCAAAAUUGUCGCACUUUCACUUACAGCACCGAAAUUCUCUUCAUUCUGGGUGCUUUUUUUUCUUUGACUGUCAAAGCCAGUUGCCAGUCGCUUUUUUUUUGUUUAUGCUGAACCAGAUCUGAGAGAGGUGUUAGGGUGGUGCACUAAUAACACAUUAGUGCCACUCGUUUCGGUAAAUUCUUACUGAAACAAUUUGUCUGAAUCUAGUCUUAUCUGAAGUAUACGUGUAAUUCGUACCUACAGUUUACUUUAAUGUAAUGUAAAGAGUUCUGGUCUAAUCUGAAACUGACCUAAUCCACAAACAAGCUCCACCCCAAACUGGGGUGCUGCGAAUCUGGUGAAGUCGUAAGCCAAUAUGAUUCAGAACAUUGUCUUUCGAAACGCGAUAUUUAACCUCGCACUAACUCUUAACUUCUUUUCUCCCAAAAACGGUUUUCAACUGAUUGAUGUUCUUUGGGAUAUGCGUCAGUUUUGUUUCAGCUGGUAGUCCUUUCCAUGUUCAAUUAUCACAUAUUCAGUAGAAAUUCUUGAACGAAAAAGCUGAGUUCAGAACAUGAGCCCACAUAGGAUUUAUGUGGAUUGAUUUAACCGAUCUGCCAGUAAAACUUCUCAUAUGAUCUGCAAAAUUAUGUGGAAGUAUGUCCACCUCGAAGCGUUUAGGAAACAAACGUGCAAUCAACGCACGUUUGCGGCAGCAUCAGAUCAAACAAUCACAAUACUUGCCACAGUUUUACUUACAUUAUCGAAAUGAUCAUAGUCUUGAUGUUUUAGGAACGUUUCUUCUUUCAACCACUCUGUUGGAUCAUUGAUCCGCUGGAAGCACUCAAUCUUCUACUACCAUGGCAGUGCCAACCGCUGUCUAUCUGUUUAUUUAUAGUGAAGCAGGAGUACUGAGUGGCAUUAGGCUGCACUACUCCUGUCACACAAAUGUGGGCAAUUUCAUCGUUGCUGUUGAAAUCCACUUUAUCUCCCUAAAAACUUUUUGACUGCCAUACUAAACUCUCAUUAUCACUAAUCUUGUUCUUGUUUUGUAAGAAUUUCGUGACAAAAACAUGUGGAAUUUAACUUUACUUACAAAGCAUCGGCGAACGCCACGCCCUAUCUGAAACCGUUCUUAUCUGCAGUUGGUCUAAAUCGAAUUAUACGUAAAUGGAAACAAUUUGUCUAAAUGUGCCUUGUGCAUCUUACGUAACUUACUGGAACAAUUCGUUCUCAAUUGACUUACUUCGCUAAAGCUCCACUACUCAAUGAUGGGCCAGUAUCACACCACACUACUCAUAACCACGUCAUGUCACUGUGACUGACGCUUAGCUAGGGGAAGGACAUGCAAGGGGAAUGCCACUUGCUCUCGUUCACGUCCCAUAAGUCUAAUUUGAAACUCAUCAAAUGCUUAAUUGCAGUACACUUUUUCUAGUUCGAUAUUCUUUGAUACGUUUCAAGUUCGAUUCAUAGCGGGUGGACUGCCAAUCUGACUCCAUGUAUCGUAUGAUAUUUCCAAUACUAUUCUGGUCUAAUCGUGAACUGAUUUAAUCUUGUAUGUUAGUAUUUAAGGCACGCGAGAAACACAAAAUCAAACUAACGGCAAUCUUAAAUGUUACGAAAAAUAAUAGACAGUGUAGGUGUUAUUUCAUGUUCUGUUUUCUGUACUAAUCUGUAACAACAAACAAUGUGAAUUCUGUUUAAGUUUACCCUUGAGAAAAAAAAAACACGCAAAAUAAACUAGACCGAAACUUCGGACAAUAUCAAACCA